CCUUACUUGACAUGCAAUUCCGGGGCUGCGAUAAGCCUGAAGGAUGAAGACUGUAGAUACUUAGUGUGCCCCUCAUACAACAUUUAUUUAUACUUUUGUCUCCGCCAACUCAUCUUCCCCUCUCCUCCCCAGGACAUCUUCUUUCAGCAAUUAAAUCAAAGACCAGAGAGAACAAAGCUAUACUGCUGGUAGUAACCAUGUCCGCUACCGUCACCGAAACCACCACUAACCCCGUCCCCGUCGUCGUAGCGGCCGACAACAACAACACCACCAGCAAAACCCACAUCGAAGAUGCCGCCAACGACAAGGACUUCCAGUCCGUCGCACGGGGAAACCGUGCCGGAACGCUCAAGCUACGAGGUAUUCCGACCUUUAGUGACCCUGCUGCUAAGCGGCAGUGGAUGAAGGAGCAUAUGGCUGCUGCAUUCCGGUUCUUUGGCAAGAAAGGAUAUGGGGAGGGUGUGUCGGGGCAUAUUUCUAUGAGAGACCCUAUUCUAAAGGACCACUUCUGGAUGAACCCCUUCGCCAAGCACUUCUCCACCAUCAAGGCAUCGGAUCUCGUCCUUGUUGACGCAGAGGGAUAUGUCACCGAGGGCGGUGCUCAGCUACCUAUCAACGAGGCCGGAUUCAUGAUCCACUCGGAGAUUCACAAGGCCCGGCCGGAUGUUAUUGCUGCGGCGCAUACGCAUUCAAUUUAUGGGAAGACGUGGAGUGCGUUUGGGAAGCCGAUUGAGAUGCUUACUCAGGAUGCAUGCAACCUCUACGGAAAGGUCGGUGUCUAUGAAGACCACGGCGGCAUUGCCCUUGCGCAGGAGGAGGGAGAGCAGAUUGCCCGUGCCCUAGGCAAGGACAACAUUGCUUGCAUUUUGCAGAACCAUGGUCUUCUCACCGUGGGCCGAACUGUCGACGAGGCGGCCUUCCUCUACUUCUCCUUGGACAAUGCCUGCCACACACAGUUGCUGGCUGAAGCUGCGGCCGCGAAUGGUGUUCCGAAGAGAAUCAUCUCGAAUGAGGUAGCGAAGUAUACUGCUGAUGUUGCGCAGAAUCAUCACAACUUCUAUACCGAAUUCCAGCCCGAGUACGAGUUGAUCGUUGAAGAGACUAACGGAAGGGUCCUGCAAUAAGGAACGAGUUAUCUGCUAGCAAAAGUGUCCAUAGUUCGCAUUCUUCUAUAUAAUUGCUGUCUCUGCUGCUUUGAGUA